AUAGAGGUAUACUUGAAUGGCAAAGAUUGCCUAACUUUAAUCGAAUAUUUGUAUAAACUCAAGUUAAAUUUAGUUAUGUUUUGAUGUAUGUCCACCUGAUUAUGAGGUCAGAGUUUUCUAAUGACGUGCCCUUGAAUUCAACUUAACAUAAACAAACAAGCAACCCACUGGUUUUUGUUAAAUAAAAGACGUCACUUUUGCAGAAAUUUAGACAUAGCAAUAAAAGCGAAACUUUCUACCCUUGACCAUUUAGUCUAAUAGUGUCUUUUGUGUUAGAAAUUGUGAAGCACCAGGGGAUAAAACUAAGUGGAAUGAAUUCCAAAUCCCUAAAAAUACCCUUUAUCGUUGGGGCCAUUUUAAUUUUAAGUGGCCCAGUUCUUAACGCUCCAAUGGAAAGCGACCAAUCCCUCGUUGUCAGCAGUACAGUUCCAUCGCUACCUAACGUCUCUGGUAAAGAGAACAAACCAAUCGAAAGCGUUCCUCAAAUUUACCAAAUGCGUGUGAGAUCAGAAAUUGGCAAUCGUUUCGCGCACACCACGGUGACAAGUAGGGUGCGAAAUUAUGCCAGUGAACCACGCGAGGCUGUAUUUUCGCUUAUUCUGCCCGAAUCUGCAUUCAUUUCUGGAUUUAUAAUGGAAAUCGAUGGCAAGAACUACACUGCUUUGGUGAAAGAAAAAGAAGAAGCCCAGCGGGACUAUGAGCAGGCGAUAUCUAGUGGCUUGGGAGCAGGACACGUAGCAGUAACCGCUCGUGACUCCAACCGAUUCACCGUUUCCGUAAACAUCGAACGCGAGGCAAAGGCCGCCUUUUACUUAACGUACGAACAACUCUUGAAGAGACAAGAUGGCCAUUAUGAGCAAAUUAUCAAUAUUCAUCCAGCGCAACCUGUGAAAGAUCUACACGUAGAAGUCUUAAUUGCCGAAAGUCGAAAAUUGGUUGACUUGAAAGCCCCGCCACUUCGGACUGGUAAUAAGAUUGGUACUGACAAGGUUGAGUUGGACCCGCGAGCCGAUAUCACCAUUGUCAACGAUACGUCCGCGAUUGUCACAUUCACUCCAAAUGUGGAACGCCAGAAGCAAUUCGCACAUUUAUUGGGAACCAAAGAGGAGAAUGGACUUUCUGGACAGUUCGUCGUGCAGUACGAUGUGGAAAGGGACCCAACCGGAGGAGAAGUUUUAAUUCGAGAUGGAUACUUCGUCCAUUUUUUCGCCCCUACAGAAUUAGCACCUCUACCUAAACAAGUUGUGUUUGUUCUAGACACUAGCGGCAGCAUGUCAGGGCAGAAGAUAGAGCAAAUGAAGCAAGCCAUGCAUAACAUUUUGGAUCAGCUCAACGAACAAGAUACAUUGAGCUUGGUGGAAUUUAAUAGUUACACCAAAGUAUGGGACAUUGACAAUGCGGAAAAAAGCGUAUGGUAUCCAUACACAGAUGUCCCUUAUUAUUGCAGUAACGAGUAUCAGAACCUCAGGGUAUUAAAGAUGGCAAAAUUCCCUCGCGCUUAUCCGGCUAAUGCCAAAAACAUUAAAAAUGCCAAACUCGCAAUAUCGGCUUUCAAAGCGGGAGGCAGCACUGGAAUAUUUGGAGCGUUACAAGUCGCAUUGCGACUGGUAGAAAUAGAAAGAGUCGUACCGCAUGUAAACGAUACAACUAAGCGUCAGCCCUUGGUGAUGUUUUUAACUGACGGUCAGCCGACUGAUAUGUCAACCAACAGUAUCAUAACUGGGAUCACAGAGUUCAAUACUUACACAAAAAGAUCGCCCAUUUUCGCGCUUUCAUUUGGGGAUGAUGUCGAUAAGGAAUUUCUACAAAAAUUGGCAGGUCAAAAUGCGGGAUUCUCUAGACAUAUUUAUGAUGAGGCCGAUGCGUCACUACAACUGGAAGGUUUCUACCGCCAAAUUUCAUCGCCUUUACUUUCUGAUGUCACUUUCAAGUACGAACCCUCGACUACGAGCCUCACAAACUCAAACUUCCCCAUUCACUUCGGCGGUUCUGAAAUUGUGAUUGCGGGUUUUUGCGGUACAGAAGCGCCGCCGCUUCCUGUUGUUCAUGGGGUUGGCACGCAAGGUUCCAUUUCUCUCGAACCUACUGUUACUUCAAGCGUUUCGAAUACGGAAAGAUUAUGGGCGUAUCUCUCGAUCAAGCAAUUGUUAGAGAAGGAAGGAGCUUCUGAUGGUGUUUACGGUGCCAAUUUAAAACAGCAGGCUUUAGAUCUUGCAUUGAAGUACAAUUUUGUAACACCUGUUAGUUCUUUGGUUGUAGUAAAACCGAAUGGCACCGAGGAAGUUGGCGCAAAUGAAGGUGAUCGGAUCGACAUCGACAAACUUGAACCAACAACCCUUCCGCCUCCUCGAACAACACCCUUUUGUUUCAUUCCCACUGUCCCGACGGAUGAAUUGGACACGAUCUUAGGCUCUCUGCCUUGGUUAGGCAUAUUACUGGAGGACAACCAAUUUGUAGUGACUCCAAAAGGAAACUUCAAGUUAGGUUUAAACGAAACCAUCUCAGGCAUGACUCCCUGUCCCAAGACACCCCUAGGUCAGGAAGGUUAUUGUGCACUGCUCCACGAAUGUCCUCACGCACAUUCCGCCUUGGAGACAUCGCUAAACUUCUUCGAUCAUUUUUGCAUCUUAAAGAACGAGUUUGCUGGGGUUUGCUGCCCACUAUCCUAAUUAAUAUCGUUUUUUGUACCUUAUUGAUUAACUAAUUAAAUAAUUUGCCAACGA